AUGGCUAAUGGCUAUGACAUUGCUCAGGCUACCUUCCCAUAUCAGGGUUUUAUGAAAAUGGCACCACAUAGAGUCCUCAUAACACCUGAAGAUUGCAGCAGCACAAUCGGCACUAUCUUGCCAUGGUUGGGCUUCACUCUUCUUCAAUUCUCAUUUGAUGUUAAUGUGGUUUUUAUCCAGUCCCCUCCCCCGAUAUGGGAAAAAAUUGGCAUCCAUAUGGACACCUCCCCUGUCACAGGAUUAAUGGGCUAUGGUAAAUUGCAAGACCAAGAUAUGGUGCUUACAUUGUCUAUAGGUCUUCAGUCUGCUGAGUGCUGGCAUGGAAAAAUUUUCAUGUCAAAUUUGCUCGGGAAGCCUACAGUGGUCUCAGCAGAUGCUGAGCUGAAUCGCUUCAUCCUACAAGCUGACUCGAGACUAUUUGAACCAGGCUGGUCUAGAAGCAUUGGUGAGGUCUUGGGGAAACACUCCAUAUUGUUGCAGGUGGGAGAUGCUCACAAGAAAAUGAGAUCGAUCAACCUCAAUUUCGCAAACAAUGGCAAGCUCAAGACCCCAUUCUUGCGAGAUGCCUAUCGAAUUGCAGCGUUCGUCAUGAGCUCGUGGAAGAAUGAUUCUGUAGUACUGGGCAAAUAUGAAGCAAGAAAGCUAUGCUUUCAUAUGAUGGCCAAGAAUAUCCUGAGUUUGGAGCCUGGAACUCCUGUAACUGAGAAGUUGAGAAAGGAAUACGAGGCAUUUGCUAAGGGGGUUGUGUCCCUGCCGCUCAACUUGCCUGGAACUGCAUAUAGUAAGGCUCUGAAGGCCAGGUCAUACAUUCUCGAAGUUGUGUGGCAAUGUAUGGAAGAGAGGCUUUGUAGGAAGAAGGAUGUGGAGGAAGAAGAUGCUAAGGAUGACUUGCUUCAAUGGACUUUGGAGAAUUCCAACUAUUCGGAAGAACAAAUUGGUGAUCUGAUAUUAGGCACCUUUUUUGGUGGUUACAACACCACAUCAAAAGCCAUAGCUUUGGCAAUCUACUUCCUUGGAGGCUGCCCCAAAACAGUUGAGCAAUUGCGGGAAGAGCACGAUAGGAUUGUUCAAGGUAAAAGACGAGGGGGAAAUUCUGAACUAAGUUGUGAUGACUACAAGCAAAUGGAGUUCACUCAAUGUGUCAUCAAUGAGACGCUAAGACUUGGGAACAUAGUUCCCUAUAUCCAGAGGAAGGCCAGCACACAUAUUAAAUUCAAAGGUUAUGACAUUCCACAAGGGUGUAAUGUGAUGGCAGUUCUCCCAGCGGUGCAUUUGGAUCCUUCAUUUUUUGAAUCUCCUGAGCAGUUCAAUCCAUGGAGAUGGCAGAGUGACCACGGCAUAAGAAGGACCAACAACUUCAUGGCGUUUGGUGGGGGAGCACGCCUCUGUCCUGGAGCUGUGCUUGGGAGGAUGGAGAUGGCAGUUUUUCUUCACCACCUUGUCAUCAAUUUUAACUGGGAGCUCGCAGAACCUGAUCUUCCCAUGGCUUUCCCUUCACUUGACUUCCCCAAAGGUCUGCCUAUUAAAGUCAGGUUACUUUCAAAUCCACAAGUGUCCAUGUAAGGAUCAGGAUCAAAGAAUGGUGUAUGUACAAGAUAGACUUGAAUGAAUGAAUUGAAGAGGAAAAGUUGGACAUCAAAGUGUCUCGGAAGUUUUUGUGAAGAUAUAAUGAAACCAAGGUGGCAGACUUGAAUGAAUUGGUAUUGGUGUAUUGUUAUUUGAGAUUUGCCAUCACUAGGCAGUU